AGAAUUGGUCGCUAGCUUGAUAUGUCGCUGGAAUUGGUCGCUAGCUUGAGUCUGGUAAAGUGCGAUGGUAUACGCUAAAGUGCGAUGGAGGCAAACGCUAAACCUGAAACUGCGCUGGUAUGACACGCUAAAGAGCGAUGACAGCAUGGAACUAAGUGCGAAUAAACAAGGGAUGUCAGAUUCAGACAAAACAAAAAUAAAAAGAGUAUCUUCAACUGAUUAUGAUGAUGUUAUGUCAAUCAGAUCUGCUGUUCAUGGUGGAUUUGAUUAUCUUCCGUUCACGUUCAAAUCCCUUAUAACACAAUCUCACAAUAAAGGAUAUGCGACACUUAUCAAUGGAAAAUUUGUGGCGUUUUGCAUGGUUUCAAAAGUAGAUGGAGGCGAAACCAUUGUUACUAGAGCAAGUCGGGUCAGCAAACGAUACGAGGGUCGUGGUUUAUAUAAAGCUCUUACAUUAUUCAUGCAAAAACAUGUCUUCAGUGAGGGAACUGUUACAAGUCAUGCUGUCGUUUACAGUGACGCAAAUCAGUCGAUGUUGGAUAAGACAUCAAAGGGAGAAUUUACGUUAUUGAUGAAAAGGAAAGUAAUUGGUUACAAGAUUGAUUAUGAUAAGAUGUCAGUUAUUACGAAUAGAACAAAAACAACAAAAAAUACUCGUACUUUGUAUGAAGUGGAUAUUAUAACAGUUUUUAAGUCCAGAAGUGUAUGUUCAACUCUGUUCCCACAGGAGCGAAUCAUGUGUAAUUUUGUACCAUAUAGACUGACAGAUAGAAAUAUACCACUUAUCCUUUCGGAAGUUUCUCUUAUUGUGGGUACUGGUGAUCCAGAGUUGAGUUUUAUCACUUGUGGAGUUUACUAUCUUUCUGAAAAUGGCCAUACCUAUAUACUUGAAGUGUAUGGAAAUUGCAAUUUUAUUAGAGAGCAUUUGGUACUUCAUUUUCAACACGCAUUACAGUACUGCCUCAAAGAAAUAGAUAUCCUGGUAAUGUGCAAAGAAAAUGAUGCUGACAAAAUAGAUAUUGAAAUAAAAGAAUGGCAACUCACUAAUAUGGAUGCUGGAUUUAAAACAGUGUUCUUAGUAGAAAAGAAAAUGAAGUAAAAGAAUUAUACGAAGUUUAGCGUUAGGACAGUAAUGAUUGAAAAAUAAAUCACUAUAGAUGAAUUCAUGUUGCGAUUAUUAAAAAUUUGUUUUACAAAAAGUUAA